CAUACGCAGUGUGCGUCUAAUAUGUGCCUGAAGAUCACCGUAUUUGUGCUUGCUGCGUUUGUGCUGCUCGGGGCCCAUGGCUAUCGUAGGGAUGAUAAGCAAUAUUACCAUCAGCAGGGGCAAUGGAGGCCCACAGUAACCCCGGCAAACAGUCACCACAAUCCCAAUGCUGGGUUCCGGGAACUUUUUAACUGGAAACAGCUCGAUUUUCGUUUUCCCAAUGAACAAAUACGCAGACAGGCUAUACAAUCUGGCGCCUUCGUACAGAUCAAUUCUUCCAUGCCUCUUUCAUUACAGGCAGACGAGCGGCGCCUGUUUGUUUCUGUCCCUCGGUGGCGCCAGGGCGUGCCAUCCACCCUGAACUCUUUACCACUUCCGACAGACCUAUCAAACGCACCAACUCUGUCUUCCCCUAAAUUGGAGCCGUACCCUAGCAUUGAACUCAACGUGCAAGGCAAUUGCGAAGGGGUGACGUCCGUUUUCAGAAUGUCCGUCGACGAAUGCAAGAGGCUGUGGGUCGUGGACACAGGAAAGGUUGGCGCACAACAGAUUUGCCCCCCGCAAAUUGUUGCAUUUGAUCUUCUCACAGAUACUAUUAUCUACAGACACCGCUUUUCAGAGAGUGUUUUGCGAUGCAAUUCUCAGCCAACCAACAUUGCUGUCGAGUACAAAAACGCAAAUCAAUGCGGGAGGAAAGAAAAACCAGACGCGUACCUCUUCGUGACUGACACCGCCGCGUACGCAAUUAUCGUAAUUGACACAUCCACAGAGAGGUCAUGGCGGGUCACAGAUAAGACCAUGUACCCCGCACCUGAGGCAGGCACAUUUAACGUGGCCGGUGUUCAAUUCGAACUAAUGGACGGAAUCGUGGGCUUGGCUUUGGGCCCACCUCAGGGUUUUAAUGGAGAACGGAAACUUUUCUACAACCCCAUGUCAUCUCUGCAACAUUUUUGGGUACACACUUCAGCUUUGAAAGAGCAAAACGCGACUCGAAGAUCGCCGCAGAUUUUCUUUUCGGGCAAAUCAAAGCGCACGUCGCAGUCUGCUGGCUGCGGAAUCGACUCGCGAGGUGUUCUUUUCUUUGGACUCGUGAAUCAAAAUGCUCUCGCCUGUUGGGACUCCUCAAAACUGUACGACCAGCAAAACAUUGCUGUUCUGAAACGUGACGAUGAAACCCUUCAGUUUCUCUCCACGGUAGUGGUUGAUAAGCAAGACAGGAUUUGGGCACUUUCUACGCGCUUCCACCGUUUCUUCACAAGCAACUUGAAUCCGGCAGAAAUUAAUUUUCGCGUAUUCACAGCCUCUGCUUUAACUUCAGUGCGCAACACGCCUUGUUACAUUCCCACAUUAGGAGAAUCGCAGGUGCGCGGACGACCAUAAGAUUAAAUUUAGAAACAAAUACAAGAUUAUUUACUCUAUAAUUUAAAGUUAACCUUCAAGGUGAAUGAAUGAAAAUUUUGAACCAGUCAUAUUAUUAUUUAAAAUAUUUGUAAAUUUUUUUGCUUUCUGUUGACCUAGCUCUAAUUUUUUCAACAAAAAUUUUAUUAAACGUUUACAAUUUAUUUUUUAAUUACAAAACUAAAUUAAAUUAAUUUAUUUUUAAAUUAUAAAACGGAUAUUCUUAAACUCUAUAAAAAUAUUUACCAAAUUUGUUAGUAUAAAAAAGUAAAAAGAAACAAAGGACUUCCAAAAGCUUUAAUCCUUGUCAAAUAAUUCAAUCAUAGUUUUAAAUUUUUGGCCCUUCGGCCCUUCAAUCUAAUACAAUCUCGCGCAAAAUUAUCAUUAAAAAAUGACCAUUUCAUUAAAUUGAUUACAAUUUUAAAUUCCUCUGCACAACAUCCAAACCCUGUCUUCUCUUUUUUUUUCCAAUUUAAAAUUUUUGUAUUGACCGAGAAGAAUAAGUAAUAAUAAUAAUAAAUUCUGCAAGUUAAUUAAUUAAAAUUAAAGGGAAAGGUUUCAUAAUCUCACAUAAUAUUUUUGAAGGUUGAUUAGAAUAAUUUCAUUUAUUUGUUAAAUCGUUUGGAUAUUAACAUUUUAUUUAAUAUAUUAAUAUAUCUUACGUAAAAUUUGGAAUAUUUAAUUUUCCUUGCAAUAAAUUUAAUAAAAAUAUCUUU